AUGGAUCAAAAUAAUACGAAUUUUGAACUUGGCCCUUCCACACAAUCUUUCCAGCGACCAAGGGCACAAAAUUAUAUGCGUCAAGAAAUGCAAUUUGCAACAAAAGAAAUGAUACAAUCCACACUUGCACCAACUAAAACGGGUGUUCCAAACUGGAAAUACAGUUUAAAUAUAGUACAAACAUCAGAGCGAGCCCGUAUGUGUGGAUUUGGUGAAAAGGAUAGGCGCUCAUUGUCACCUUUACCAAUCGUUCAAUUAUUAGUUAGUGAUGAAACCGGAAAACCGGUGGAUAUAGAUGACAUUGAAUGUAAUUUCUUUGUUCUACAUGCAACUCCUUAUAAAUGUGGAACACGAGAAGAAGCUUCUUUAGUCAUCCACCCGAUAUCACAACUUGGCUUUAAAAGCCAAACAAAUACUAGAAACUUACUUGGAAAUCUAAUUGCCAACGGAAGAAAGCUGAAAGAUCAUGAAGGAAGAACAGGAAUUUUUUUUGUAUACCAGGAUCUCAGCAUUCGCACCGAUGGAGAUUUUUAUUUUGAGUUUAAUCUCAUGUAUAUUGGAUUCCAAGGUAUGGUAAAUACAGGUCUUCAUCCAAUGAGCGUCCUAGCAUCUGUUGAAUCAAGCCCUUUUGUCGCUUAUUCUGCAAAAAAAUUUCCCGGAAUGAUCGAAACAACCUCUUUAUCUCGGGCUUUCAGUAGCCAAGGCGUAAAAAUUGCUACUAGAUCGGAUAAAAAGGAGCGAACUACUUCCAAAACCGAAUAG